GUCUUCUGCAUGAUUCGGUAGACCCUUCAACAGCCACCCCGAAGCAGAGCUUCGAAGCCACUCGCUCAAAGAAACCAUUCGUUUCUCCAACAUCUCAAGUCGUACGUCGUUUACACAGGGGGAGAAAGAGACAAGGUGCGCCGCCACACCCGAUGCUUCGCACAACGAGGGCUUAUAAGAGCAUUGGUUGGGUCUUGACAGGCGUGACAGAGGAGGAGAACGAACGAAAAGAGCAAGGACCAGGAGGCUUGCAUCCAAGUCUCACCAGGCGGCAGCCACUUGUGCGAGACGAGGAGGGCUCAUUCGCAGGGCAGGUGGGCAGGCCGAGGAGAGGAGGAGGGGGUUAUUAGACAAAGACCAAACUGCGUGCAUCAUCCCGCAUGCGUGGCUUACUGGGGCUCACCGCCCUCGCGGCGACAGUCCUGGCACGGACCCAGGUGAUGGUGCCGCUGUACGUCUACCCAGGCAACUCGACAUGGACGAACCCAGACUGGCAGGCGGCCGUGGACGCCAUCCAGGCGAACCCUCACCUGCACUUCUACGUGGUCAUCAAUCCCAACAGCGGACCCCUCAACACGUCCGACCCGACGGGGUACAACGGUGGCUACUGCAACGUGCAAACCGACCCCAACUACAUCCCGCACGGCUGCAACCGCGACUGGACCACCCACCUCGCGGCCAUCAACAAGCUGCACAAUGCCCAGACCCUGGGCUACGUCUGGACGGACUACGGCGCGCGUGCCGCGGCUGAUGUGCGUGCCGACAUCGCGGAGUGGUCCAAGUGGGAGACGGCACCGACGUGGACCGCGGGCGAGACGGUCAACAUCAGCAUCCACGGCCUGUGGUUCGACGAGGUUGGCGCCGCCAGCAGCAACUAUUCGACCUACGCCGACCUGCUGACCUACGCCAACGCCACCUUCGAGGCUGCCAAGGCGGAUCAGGAUGACCAAGGAGGUCUGUACACUGUCGUACUCAACGUGGGCACCGUGUCCAAUGCCACCUAUGAGGCGCAGCUCUUCCAGAUGGCCAGCGCCGUCGUCACCAAGGAGACGUGCUACACCUCCAACCCAGCCGCCUCGGGCGUCACGGCGGACUGUCCAGAGCCAUACGUGCCUUUCGACUACACCGCCCUGACCAAUGGCAACGGCCUGCCCCAUGACUCGGCCUUCCUGCCCCAGUCCGUCAUCAUUGUGCACCAGUUUGUCGGCCCGCCCAACGCGACCAUGGCCAGCCUCAAGGAGCAGAUUGACGGCGUCGUCGACCUCGGCGUGCACAGCACGUACUUCACCAGCGGAAGCUGGCACAACACCACCAUCUCGCCGGCCACGAUCGGCAACGUCGGGAAGCUGAUGAAGCAGGCGAACAGCGCCGGGAGGACAGUGGCUGGCGGCAGUGGCGGCUCUAGCUGGAUGCCGUGGGUGCCUUGGACUUGGUUGCAGUAG